GACGGGGAGACACCCACUACCCCGAAGCCCCGACGCAGCGUAGCCCUUGCUCUCGCUUGCUCCUUGCUUUGGGGAUCGCCCCUGUGGUCUCCGGCCGCUCGUCCUCCUUGCACGUUGAGCAACUUGAUCGGUUGAAAUAGCAAGAUCUUCAAAUUCCUAAAGACAACGGCAAUGUGGGGAACUGCCAAGAGGCGGCUUCGAUGGGAAAGUACUAUUUGCUCGCAUUCUUCUGUCAUAGUUGAAGUUUUACUUGUAUCAUACCAAAAGGUUUCUGGAGGUUUUAGGGGCUCUCAGACAUCUUGGAUUUGAUGGCUGAACAUUUGGCUUCGAUCUUUGGCACGGAAAAGGACAGAGUCAACUGCCCCUUCUACUUCAAGAUUGGGGCUUGUCGCCAUGGGGAUCGAUGCUCCCGCCUCCACAACCGUCCCACGAUAUCACCGACCAUUCUCCUCUCUAAUAUGUAUCAGCGCCCAGACAUGAUCACUCCAGGUGUCGAUGCUCAGGGCCAGCCGAUUGACCCUCGGAAGAUACAAGAGCACUUUGAGGACUUCUAUGAAGACAUCUUUGAGGAGCUCGGCAAGUUUGGCGAGAUUGAGAACCUUAAUGUUUGUGACAACCUUGCUGAUCAUAUGAUUGGGAAUGUCUAUGUUCAAUAUAGAGAAGAGGACCAAGCAUCUGCUGCUAUGAGGGCCCUGCAGGGCAGGUUUUACUCGGGGCGCCCUAUAAUUGUGGACUUUUCUCCUGUCACAGACUUUAGAGAAGCCACAUGCCGACAGUAUGAGGAGAAUAGUUGCAACCGUGGUGGAUACUGCAAUUUCAUGCAUGUGAAGCAGAUUGGUAGGGAGCUCCGGAGGAAACUAUUUGGGCGGUACAGGAGGCCCAACACACGAAGAAGUCGAAGUCGCAGUCACAGUCCAAGCCCACAUUAUAAAAGGGGAUCCCGUGAUCAUGGUGAUUAUCGUGACCGUGGUGACCAUCGGGACAAUGGGCAGAGGAGUGGUGAUGGACAUGGAAGCCAUGAUAGAGAUGGGGGAAGGCGGCGGCAUGGAAGUCCAAAACGUACAAAGAGCCUGAUAAGGGAAGGAAGCGAGGAACGGAGAGCUAGGAUUGAGCAAUGGAACCGGGAAAGAGAAGAGAAGCAUGGAUGAGCUGGGUCAGGUGUUUUGUUUUUUCUCUUGUUGAAUCAGAAUCUGGUCCAGCCAUUUUUAUUAAGUCCUUGGACGUCAAAAGUUCUCUUUAUGCUUCAACUAUUUGAAUGAACUUUCUGGCUUGUUGCAUCUCCACUUCAAUUUUUCAUGCUAUUGUUCUUGUUCAUUCGUACUCAAUGUACCUAUUAUAAGAUUAUGUACUUUUAUGUA